UAUACGUUGAAAAUGAGAUUUACUCUAUGUUCAGCUCUGAGAUCUGCGCUCGAUUGCUUCAGUCUGCAGGCGGAAGUGAAUCGAUAGCAGAGCUGACGCUGACGCAACCUUCUGACAGCUCCGCUGUUCUCACUGCUCCACGUCUCAUUAUAGGCACUUUCUGAGGACCCCGGGUCAUCAUGGGAGAGCAGCUCAGUCCAGAGGAGAAGUACAACCUCAUCAGCAGGAACCUCCAGGAGGUUCUCGGGGAGGAGAAGGUGAAGCAGGUUCUUCAGGAGAGAGAGCUGAAGGUUUACUGGGGGACGGCGACCACCGGGAAACCCCACGUAGCUUAUUUUGUCCCCAUGUCCAAGAUAGCAGAUUUCCUCAGAGCUGGCUGUGAGGUGACAGUUUUAUUUGCAGACUUGCACGCUUACCUGGACAACAUGAAGGCUCCCUGGGAACUGCUGGAGCUGCGGGUGAAGUAUUACGAACAUGUGAUCAAGGCCAUGCUGGAAAGCAUCGGCGUGCCUCUGGAGAAGCUCCGCUUCAUCAAAGGAACUGACUUCCAGCUCAGUCGCGAGUACACUCUGGAUGUGUACCGCCUGUCCUCCAUGGUGACGGAGCACGACGCCAAGAAGGCUGGAGCUGAGGUGGUCAAGCAGGUGGAGCAUCCUCUGCUGAGUGGUCUGCUGUACCCCGGACUACAAGCUUUGGAUGAGGAGUACCUGAAGGUGGACGCCCAGUUUGGAGGAGUUGACCAGAGGAAGAUCUUCACUUUGGCAGAGAAGUACCUGCCUUCUCUUGGUUAUGCAAAGCGAGCUCAUCUAAUGAACCCGAUGGUCCCAGGAUUAACAGGGGCCAAAAUGAGCUCCUCGGAGGAAGAGUCAAAGAUCGAUCUGCUGGACUCUAAAGAGGACGUGAAGAAGAAGCUGAAGAAGGCUUUCUGUGAGCCGGGCAACAUCCAGAACAACGGAGUGCUUUCUUUUGUCAAACACGUCCUCUUCCCACUGCGAGGAGGUUUCUGCAUCAAAAGAGAUCCCAAAUGGGGUGGAGACAAAAUUUAUUCUGUGUUUGAAGAAGUGGAAAAGGACUUCUCUGAGGAGCUGAUCCAUCCUGGAGACCUGAAGGCCUCAGUGGAGGCAGCUCUGAACGAGCUGCUGGAGCCCAUCAGGAAGAAGUUUCAGUCUCCCGAGCUCCGGAAACUUACCAACUCGGCCUAUCCUGAUCCCUCGAAGACAAAAACAGGAGGAAAGGGUGCUAAAGCAGGAGGAGAGGAGGACGAGCUAGUGCCCUCCAGACUGGACAUCAGGGUGGGCAAGGUCAUCAGCGUGGAGAAACACCCGGAUGCUGAUUCUUUGUACCUGGAGAGGAUCGACGUGGGCGAGCCUGAGCCCAGGACGGUUGUCAGUGGGCUGGUGGCCUACGUUUCCCAGGAGGAGCUGCAGGACAGAGCAGUGCUGCUGCUCUGCAACCUUAAACCACAGAAGAUGCGAGGGAUCGAGUCUCAGGCCAUGCUGCUGUGUGCCUCAAUAGAAGGGGAGCCCAGAAGGGUGGAGCCACUUGACCCACCAGAGGGUUCGUCACCAGGGGAUCGGGUCUUUGUGGAGGGCUACGAGUCAGGCAAACCAGAUGAUAGACUGAACCCGAAGAAGAAGGUGUGGGAGAAACUGCAGGUGGACCUGAAGGUCUCAGAAGAGUGUGUGGCUCAGUGGAAAGACCGACAUCUGAUGACCAAACUGGGACAGAUCACAUGUAAGACGCUAAAAGGAGGCAACAUCAGUUAAAUCCACACAGAUCACUGAAGCUGCUCCUGUCCACCGGUCAUCACCAAACCACCAUGCCAACAAAAUCAAACUUCAUCUGGAUGCUUCUUAACGACAUGAUGGGAAACCUGACGCCAAAACAGAACAAUUCUUUCUUUGCUAAGUAGUGUGCAACUCCUAACUGAGUCAGUCACAACAAUAACAAAUAACAUGAAUUUAAAUGUACACAAAUAUUUGUCAAAUUACAGAUAAGAAGGAUCUUUUAAAGUACGGUGUGAAGAAUAUCAGGUUUCUGAAAAGGGGCUUAACAUUAUAUUGUUAAUGUUUACAAUCAUAUUUAAUGUCAAAACUGCAUGGCAGUUCUGUUCAUGAAGAAUGCUUUUAAAGGUCAUGGACAUUAGCUACCUUGAGAUAAGAUGGUUAUAUUUAGGGUGAUGCUCAGAUAUCCAUAUUUUCAGAUUGUCCUGAAAUAAAUAAUACAUCAUCCGUAAUAUAAAAAAA